AUGGCUGGAGCUUCCCCGGACCUCAACGGGAUGCCCCAGCAGCUGGUCGCGGUGCUCGCCUGCCUGCUCCUGAGUUGCCCCGCGCUGCAGGGACAGGCGCCUUCGCCCGGGUCCAAGCUCCACCCGGCUCACUUCCUGCACGCCCGGGGUGCACCUGAUGACCGCAGCCCCGACGGCCCCAGGGUCCUGCUGGCGAAUCCUGGGAUCCGAGUGCCCCGGGGCCGCUCGCUUUGGCUGGAUCCUCUCCGGGACCUGGUGAUUCGAGUGCAGCCCGGGGACCGGUGCGAGGUGACAGUGCUGGACGCCCUGCCGGCGCUCCAGGGCGCGCUGUCCCCACUCCGCUUCCCCUGCGCCUUCCAGCCCCGCCAGGUCCAGUACACCCACUUCGGCUCCCACAGCCCGGGACGCGUCCGGGUACGGCUGCAGCUGCGCUACGACGCCCAGACUUCCACGCUGGUGCUGCCCUUCACGCUGGCGGUGGACGUGGUCUUCUCCCCGCUGGAGCUGGUGACGCGCAACAGGGCUUUGGCGCUGGCCAGGCUGCGCGGCUGGCGGCACCGCUGGACAGGCCGCGGUUGGAGCCACGCCAUCGACUGGAGAGUGCUGGACUUCGCCGCCCCAGAUUCUGCAGCCGCGGCCACCCGCAGGUGCCGGCUCACUCCUCUUCCUCACCAGGGCGGCCCACUGCCCAAAUACGGGCGUUUGGUGGACGCCGAGGGGGCGCCCUUCCCCCGGGACAAGGGAAUAGACUGCGAGGCCUUUCUCCGUGCUGGGGCGCGCUACCAGCACAUCGCCAGGGCCUCCUCGCCCAGCUGGGACUACGUGCCCAUGAUGGUGGAGCUGCUAGGGCCAGAGGAUGGGACCUCUGGCUCAAUGGAGGUGCUGGCCCGCGAGCACUUUCAGCUGCCGGUGAGGAUCCGCAAGGGAACCGAAAACAUGGCACCCCGGCCCAGCUCCCUGGCCCGGAUGAUGAUGGAGGCCCACCCGUUGGUGCUCACAGCCCUGACUCUUGACGCGCUGGCAGCAGAAGAUAAGGAGUCAGACCCUGACGACCUGAUCUUCAACGUUCUCCAUGUCCCCGCAGCCCCACCGGGGCGCCCGGGUCAGCAGGGCUACAUGGUCAGCACGGAUGACCCUCUGGGCCUUCCAGUCUCCUUCUUCACCCAGCGGGAGCUCCGGGAGCUGAGAAUUGCCUAUCAGCCUCCUCCAGAGAACUCCAAUGGGGAACGCCUCUUCCAGCUGGAGCUGGAAGUGGUGGAUGGAGAUGGCGUCACCUCGGUCCCCUUUGCCUUCAUGGUGGUGGUGAAGGCCAUGCACACCCUGGCUCCAGUGGCUAGCUAUGACUGGGGGCUACUGCUUUUCGAAGGUCAGUCAAGCUCCCUGUCCAAUGCCCACAACCUUCAGAUCACUGAUAAAGAUAACCUGGAAGAAGUGAAAAUAACUGUGGUUCGGGGCUUGAGACAUGGUCGUUUGGUGGUGCUUGGGGCACCAGUGGGGUGCAAGUACUUCACAGCAGUGGACCUGGCAGAGGGGAAAGUGGUGUACCAGCAUGAUGGCAGCAACACCUACAGUGACAACAUCGUCUUCCAGAUGGAGGAUGGGCAGCACCAAGUGGAAUUCCUCUUCCCCCUCACCAUCAUACCUGUGGACGAUGACCCACCCGUGGUCAGCACUAACACAGGACUCUCGCUGUCUGAAGGGCAGGUGGUCCAGAUCUCCCCCUUUGUCCUGAGUGCUACAGAUAUUGACUCUGAUGACUCAACCAUCCACUUUGUGCUGGAGGACCAACCUCCAGCAGGAAAAGAGGGCACGAGAGAGUGGAAUCUGGCUCCAGGGUCCUCCCACUCAAGCCAGGACCUGGGGUGCAUACUGCUAAGGCAGGCUGAGCCUCCUCUGUUCCCUGAAGAUGAAGACUGGCACUAUGUGGAAAAGGAAGGACUUUAUGAGAAGGUGGUGACCAAGUGGCUACAGAAAGACAUAGUGGAAGGGAGACUCUUCUACCGCCAUCUUGGAUCACAUAGCCCUCAAUCCGUAACAGCCCAGCUGGCUUUCCAUGUGCAAGACAACAAUGACCCACCCAAUUUAUCCAACCAGCACUUCUUCACCAUCAGAGUCCAGCCAGUGGAUGUGCUCAGUCCUGUGCUGUUUCCAGGAACUACCCUGGAAAUGACUGUGCAAGAAUACCAACUCACUCAUUUACAGAAGGAAUUCCUCCGAUACACUGACCAGGACUCAGAUGACCAGAACUUGUGGUACACCCUACUGACACCUCCGACUGACACAGAUGGCAACCACCAAGUUCAAGCUGGGGAAAUUGUGCUCACUGAUUCACCAGACACACCCAUCAUGCACUUCACCCAGGCCCAGAUAAAUCACCACAGAAUUGCCUACCAGCCUCCACAGAAGAACCUGGGUAUUGUACCCCGGGUUGUGCAGUUCACCUAUCAGGUGGAGGACACUGCAGGCAACAGUAUACCUGGCACAUUCACGCUAUUCCUGCAGCCUGUGGACAGCCAGCCUCCAGAAGUCACCAACAGAGGCUUUACUAUCUUGGAGGGAGACAGCUUUAUCCUUAGCAGUAAUGAACUGGCUGUUACAGACCCUGACACAGAUACUGACCAGAUUGUCUUCAUAUUAAUUAGGGGCCCCCAGCAUGGAUGCUUGAAGUACUUUAAAAAGCCUAUGGUCCCAGGGGAAUCUUUUGUGCAAACCGAUGUUAUUAAUGGGAGUGUCUCUUACCAGCAUGGCAGAGACCAGACUACUGGUGACUCUUUCCAUUUGGAGGUAAGUGAUGGGGUGCACCUUGUACCCAUCACUGUCCGGAUUACUGUGAAACCCACUGCAGCUGACAAAAGGUCCAGGAGUUCUAUCACAGGUAGUCCAUUAUUGAAUGUUUCCAUCGAUGUACUAGAGAACAGAGCCACCGAGAUCAUGGUGGAUAUUAUCCAUGGCAAAAAGAAGGACACGGGUGACUUUGUGCUUUCUUAUAUUGUGGAGGACAGCCCCAAGUUGGGCACUGUUCUGGUGAAUGGUGUGCCCACGGAACGAUUCACCCGAGAGGACCUCGCCCGUGGGGCAGUAGCCUACAUCCACACUGGAGGUGAAAUUGGUUUUCAAAAGCAGCAUGAUACGUUCAGCCUUGCCCUCUCCAAGGAUUCUUACCAGUGGGUAGAUGGGGCCAGCACAGUGAAGAAGAUUCAGGUGCAAGUGACGGUGCUGCCUGUGGACAAUGUGGGCCCCAAGGUCUUAGUGAGGGAGGCCUUCAUUGUCUAUGAAGGUGAGAAGAGCCCUUUGACUUUACAACAUCUCCACAUCGAAGAUGUAGACACUCCCCGAGAUGAAAUCUUAUGCACAGUGACUGGUCAGCCGGCCUCUGGUUACCUAGAAAACAUUGCACCAGCUCCUGGCUCAGGAGUGUCCCAGGCUGGGAGUCCCAUCAGCACCUUCUCCAUUAGAGCUGUCCGAAUGAGGAAUAUCAAUUACGUACAGAGUAUCCACAAAGGAGUUGAGCCUCUGGAAGAUCAAUUCACCUUUUAUUGCUCUGAUGGCAUCAACUUAUCUUCAAAUGUCUUCUUCCCUGUUAUCAUCCUACCCACCAAUGAUGAGCAGCCUGAACUCUUUACCCGGGAGUUCGUGGUAUUAGAAGGAAUGAGCUUAGUCAUAGACACUCCACUGCUCAAUGGAGCAGAUGCUGACCUGCCACCGGAUAAGCUCCACUUUCAACUCACAGCUUCCCCUCAGCAUGGGCGAAUUGUACAGCAGCUGGCCACAGGCAGCCAGCCUAUCUGCCACUUCACCUUGCAGGAGAUCCAGGAGGCCUCCACCAUUGUGUAUGAGCAUGAUGAUUCAGAGACCACAGAGGACAGUUUUGAGGUCUGGCUGAGUGAUGGCAAGCACGCCAGUCACAGAAGGAUCCCUAUUGUGGUGAUCCUGGUGGAUGAUGAAACUCCCCUGCUGACCAUCAACCAUGGGCUGGCAGUAGAGACUGGACACUCUGCAGUCAUCACAAAUCAGGUCCUCAGGGCCACAGAUCUUGACUCGGAUGAUAAGAGCCUCAGUUUUGUCCUCCAUUCUGGCCCUCAACAAGGGCUUCUACAGAGACUGAGAAAGCCUGGAGGGGAUGUGAGGAACACCCUCACUGUGGGAAUGAACUUUACCCAAGAUGAGAUUGAUAGAGGCCUUAUCUGCUAUACUCACACAGGCCAAGGAGGAGCUGUAGACCUUAUCAAGUUUGAUGUGACAGAUGGGGUUAACAUUUUGAUAGAUUGCUACUUCUAUGUCACCGUUGGCAGCUUGGACAGAGUCUUUUCUGAGGUAAUCAGCAAAGGGGUCACCUUGAUGGAGAGUGACAGAGUGAUUCUCACCACACAUCUGCUUAGCACCAGUGACAUCAACAGCCCUGAGGAACAACUUCACUUUAGCAUCACACAGGCUCCUCACCUGGGCCACUUGGAGAGUUCUGACCAUCCUUCAGAGCCCAUCACUUCUUUCACUCAGCUUCAGUUGGCUGCCAACAAAAUAUCUUAUGUCCACACUUCCAAAAAUGAGACAAAGAUGGACAGCUUUGAGUUUCAUGUGAUCAAUGGACACAACCCCCUGUUCAGAACCUUCAGGAUCUUCAUCACAGAUGUGGAUAAUAAGAAACCUACUUUGACCAUCCAUAAACUAACACUGCAGAGAGGGGCCAGCAAAGUCAUCACCCCCUUUGAGUUGACUGCAGAAGAUGAGGAUACCCCAGAUGAGCUCAUUCUCUUUACCAUCACCCAAGUCCCCAUCCAUGGCAAGAUUUUACACAACAGUAGCCAUCCUGUGACUACUUUUACCAAAAGGGACCUGAAUGAGAAACUGAUCAGCUACUGGCAUGAUGGCAGUGAAACUACAGAAGAUCGUUUCUCCUUGACCGUGACAGAUGGCACUCACACUGAUUUCUACACCUUUCCAGACACUACUCUGGAGACGCACAAGCCUCAGGUGAUGAGGAUCCAGAUAAGUUCCCUACAGAACAGGCUCUCCCCGAUUGCCAUGAACAAGGGUGCCCCAGCCUUGAAGUACCUUCGCACUGGGCACAUGGGAGUCCUGAUUACCAGCAAGUCUCUGAAGGCAGAAGAUCAGGACCGUCCCCAUGGGUGCCUGAAGUAUCAAGUGACCAGAGGACCAGAACAUGGCUUCAUUAUCAACAGCGACCUCAGAAACCAGAGCACUCGCGUGUUUACACAAGCGGACAUUGAAAAGAGGCGGAUCCUCUAUGUCUUAAAGGAAGGGAGCAAUGCAACAAAGGACAUCUUCUACUUCUCUGUCGAAGACAACAGAGGAACUAAACUAACAAAUCAGCCUUUCCAUCUAAACUGGGCUUGGAUUUCUUUGGACAAAGAGUACUACAUUGUGGACGAGGACUCUGUGUUCUUGGAAGUGACCCUCACUCGGCGAGGACACCUUGGAGAAACAUCCUUCGUCAGCAUUGGAACCAAAGGUGAAAUGGCAAAAACUGAUCGAGAUUUCCAAGGAAAAGCUAAUGAACAGGUCCAAUUCCAUCCUGGGCAGACUACAGCCACAUGGAGGGUGAGAAUUAUAUCUGAUAACACAUAUGAGGCUUCAGAGACUUUCCAGAUCAUUCUGUCUGAACCUGUCAUGGCUGCAUUGGAAUUUCCAGAAAUGGCAACAGUUGAAAUUGUAGACCCUGGAGAUGAAUCCACAGUUUAUAUUCCAGAGGCGGAAUACAAAAUCAGGGAGGACGUUGGGGAGUUUUUGAUUCCUGUACGUCGGUCAGGAGAUACAAGCAAGGAACUGAUGGUCGUCUGCUCUACCCAUCAAGGUUCUGCCACGGGCACAAUUCCUUCCACAGUUUUAUCCUUCUCUGACUACAUCUCACGUCCAGAAGACCACACCAGCAUCCUCCACUUUGACAAGGGUGAGAUGGAGAAGACCUGCCGGGUCCUGAUCAUUGAUGAUUCCAUUUAUGAAGAAGAGGAAUCCUUCAGUGUUUCACUGAGCCUGCCAAUGGGAGGGCGGCUGGGAGCCAAGUUCCCCAUGACCAAAGUGAUGAUCCUGGCUGAUCGCCAUGACGAGCCCACCCUGCAUUUUGGGGAUGCUGAGUACCACGUGGACGAGAGCGCUGGCUAUGUGGAGGUUUGUGUCUGGAGAACAGGCACUGAUCUUUCCCAGGCAACAUCUGUCACUGUGCGCUCCAGGAGGACAGAGCUGGAGUCAGCAGAAGCUGGAACAGAUUAUGUUGGCAUCAGCCGAAAUCUGGACUUUGCCCCAGGAGUGCGCAUGCAGACAUUCCGAGUGACUAUUCUUGAUGACCCAGGGCAGCCCAUCAUGGAGGGUCAAGAGAAGUUUGAAUUACUUCUCCAGAUGCCUGUGGGAGCAGUGGUUGGAGAACCGAAGAAAACCACUGUUUUUAUCGAUGACACCAUCACUGACUGUAAGCAGAGUGCUUGUGGUUCCUCUGACUGAAAGCCUUUAAGGGGAGAAACCAGCCAAAUACACCCCCUAACAGCUGAGGGAAAAUAUAUUCUUUCUAGAUCUUAGCAACUCUGGGAUAACAAUGAUAUCAUGCAUCAUUGGUGUUCUAUUCUGGUCAUAUUUGCAAAUAUAAUUUAUGUGACUGCAUGGAGAUUGGAAAAAAUAUAUAUACACACAUACAAAGAAAGGAUUGAGCCCACAAAGAAUUAGAUUGUGCUCCUGUUAUCCUUUUUCUGUUUUCUUUUAGUUUGUUUCCAAAUCCAGGGAAACCCAUUGUCAUCAAUUAAAUCAACAGUUAAGAACAAUGGAUUGACUUUUUUUUAAC